AUGGCUCUCUCAUACAACCUCCAAGAUCUUGUCGCGACCGACAUCGCUGCUGCGCUUCCGAAAGAUGCCGUCGCGGAGGUCAUCUCUCAGGCCCCGUUUGCCACGGUCCCCGGUAUUUUCAACCUGCGCGACAUUAGCGGUGGCGCAUCUCCCUUCUCUGCCUUCCCCGCCGUCCUGCGAUCGGGACUUGUCUAUCGAAGCGGCGCACCGGCGUCGACGCUCACGGAGGAAGGUAUCUCUGUGUUGAACACUCUUGGUAUCAGAAAGAUCUUCGACUUGCGCCGGGUCGACGAGCGCACCAAGAAUCCCAGCCCGGUCAUCAACGGUGUCCAGAUUGUAUGGAUCCCUUACGCCGAGGUUGUGCCGGGGAUGACAGCUGCUCGAGAUGUUGAGGGGUCCAUGGAGCAGGUCGUGGAAAUGUACACGGGGUAUCUGGAAACGCAUGCGCCGGUUUACAAGGCCGUGUUUGAGCACAUCCGAGACGAGCCUGAGACGCCAUUUCUCUUCCACUGCUCAGCUGGAAAAGACCGCACGGGCGUCCUUGCAGCGCUGAUUCAUCGACUCGCAGGAAGCUCAGACGAGGAGCUCCUCCACGAUUUCACAUUGACCCGCAUCGGGCUGGAACCUGGCCGUCUUGCCCUCCUGAAGAUGAUGCAGAGUGUAUAUGGCAAAUCAGUCUUGGACAACCCGGUGCUUCCAGUUGUUUGGGGUGUUCACGCUAGCGGCAUGAUGGCGUUUCUGGAGGCUCUCGACGAAGGGUAUGGUGGAGUGGUGGGCUAUCUGAGGAACACACUGGGGUUUUCGGACUGGGACAUUGAGGCGAUGAAAGCGAAUCUCGUACUCAACCCAGAAUCAGGCAGUCGCUUAUGA